UUCCCAUGACUUUUUCUUGCUGCCCAAGAGUAUGCAAUAGUGUUGAGUGCCUUAACGUGAACUAAUUAAGUUUGGAUAAACAUAAACAAACCUUAUAAUGCAUGAUCCCAGCGACUACGACUCCGUUUAUAGCGAGGAGGACUUUCUGGACACCGUCCGAGGAGCCGAAACUCCUCCGCUUAUGGACUACGAAGAAUUCCGCGUGAAGACAAUGGAUGAGCGACAGCACAUACAGAAGAAAACAUUCACGAAAUGGAUCAAUUCACAUCUCAUCGAUACCCAGUGCACGCCAGUGAAGGAUUUGUUUUUGGACCUCCGGGAUGGACAUCGAUUGUUGGCCCUCCUGAGCACCUUGACACAAACGCAACUGAAACCCGAAAAGGGUCGAAUGCGAGUGCACCACAUCAACAACCUGAACAAGGUGAUCAACGUGAUCCAGCAGCACGGCGUCAAACUGGUGAACAUUUCCAGCGAUGACAUAGUGGGUGGAAAUGCCAAGCUGACCCUGGGCCUCAUCUGGCUGAUAGCACUAGAGUUCAACGGGCAGCAUCUAGUCAAGAGUCACUCGAGCAAUGGAGUGGAGAAGUCCUUGCUGGCUUGGGCACGUCAGUACACGGAACCACAUGGCCUGCAGCUCAAUGAUUUCUCCAGUUCGUGGUCCGAUGGUCGAGCUUUCCUUGUGAUCCUGGAUGCCCAUGUUGAGGAGCUCAAUCUGCAGGUGUCCUUGCAGCAACAUGCGUUGCAGAGACUUCACUUGGCCUUUGAUUUGGCACACAGACAUUUUAAAAUCGAAAAGCUGCUGGAUCCCGAGGAUGUGCACACCCACAAGCCUGAUAAUAAGUCCAUUCAGAUGUAUGUGAUGUGUCUUUAUCACGCCAUGGAAUCAAUGAGGGCAAGGGAGCAGGAUCAGGAGCAGGAACAGGAUCAGGAUCCAAGUAGGGUACCCUGCACCAGCAUCACGGAUUUGGAUGAAGUGCCACUGGACAACGAUCGUGCCAGUUUGGGACUCUAUACUUCAGAUAGUGCUGGCAGCAUGGAGCAGAGAUCAUCGGGGGAACUAAAAACCCACUCCAUGAGACCCCUGAGUACAGCUACCAAUGCCAGCGUGGAAAUCAGUGGCUACCAAACCGCUCUCGAGGCAGUUCUCACCCUCCUCCUGGAAGAUGAACAGCUGCUCUCGCAGGAUGUGCCCGAUCCGCAGGAUUUCCAAACAGCCAAGCUGCAGUUUCACGAAAACGAAAGCUUUAUGCUGAAGCUUACCGAACACCAGGAGUACGUGGGAGAAGCUCUGGAGGAGGGAAGCAACCUCAUUAACGAGUCCCAGAAGGCGGGAGCUGGCUUGAGUCAGGAGGACCAAAACGAAGUGAGGCAACAGAUGGUGUUGCUGAACGAACGUUGGGAAACCUUAAGGCUUCGAGCUCUGGAUGUCCAAGCGAAGAUCCUAAUGCGAUUGGCUGAGUUUCAGAAGCAAAAACUGGAACAACUUAGGCAGUUUCUUACCAGCGUUGAGGAUCGUAUCUCCCACAUGAGUGAUAUAGGACCAACUCUCGGCGAAGCGGAAAAGCAACUCCUCGAAGCUCGAAAACUUAAAGCGGACUUAAGUGAGCAACAGGAAUUGGUGGAUAGCCUUAGUAGUAUGGUGGUUAUUGUGAAUGAUACCUCUGGCAAUUUUAAUGAUCUGGAAGAUCGAUUGAGUGCCUUGGGCGAGAGGUGGUCGCAUGUCGUUAAGUGGAGCGAUCUGCGAACCGAGAAACUGCAGCAGUAUAAGUGUAUCUCCAGAUGGUUGGAUGCCCGCGAGCAGGAUCUCAAGUUGAUGGAGAGCAGGGAUGUCACGGAUGUCGGCGGAAUUACCCAGCGUAUUAACGAGUUGAACUACUGUGCCAAGGAUCUGUUGGAGCUGCAGAGAUAUCUGAUAGAUUUGCGACAAAUGGUGGCUGCCACUCUACAAGACGGUGAUGAUAAAGGAGAGAGAGUUUUGAUGCAAUUGGAAAGCUACGAAGAUCGCUUGGAUGCACUGAAACAGAUAGUUGAAGUGCAAACCCUUCGAAUCGAAACUAAGGGCUUUAACUUUGGAAGAGAUCGUGCCAGUUACGAUGAUAGUAGAGUGGUUCGACCCGAAGGUUGGGUGGAUUACCAGAUGAUCAUUCGUUUUGGGGAAGAAGAUUCUCAGGAAGAAGAUGAGGAACAUGAUUUGGCUAGCAAAAAGAGGAAGCUGAGGAAUGCUGAUAACUUCUAUUCCCUCGAAAAUCAGAUCAUGGAGCACUUUGGUUAUGUUCAGGAAGUUGAGCAAAAGUUGCAGCAGUUGCAGAGACAAAGUCUGCGACAGCAGUGUGAAUUACUCAAGGAACUUCAAGUGGAAAAUAACCGAAAAAGUGGUACUUUACCCGAGCUGAAGAAACUCUACGAAGUCUGUGAGCUGGAGGAUCCUUCGAGGAAUCUUCUCCUGGAAGCAACACACAUCAAGCAAUUGGAGCAACGAUAUGCAACUUUGGCUCAAAAACUAACAAGCCAACAGAGUGAAAGCAACACGCUGUUGGCCAAGGAAAAGUAUUACAACAGUCUGACUGGAUUUAAAUUAGUUCUGGCGGAUUCUAGAGAUUGGUAUAAACAGCACGCUGGUUCUGCCAGUGGCAAAGAACUGGAACAGCGUUUAAGCCACAUGGAAUCCCUGGCUUCUGAGAUUGCUGAGGCCAAAUUAGCCACCGAAGAGCUGGAUGAUCAGUUGAUAGAAUGGAAGCAGGAUUUCGGUUUAUUUUACGACAGUUGGCAUGACAUGAAGCAGGCCCUUCAGGCGCUAAUUCAACAGAGAGGCGGCGAGAGUCUUUCCAGGCAAUUGAAACAGCUCCAAGAUUUUGUGGCCAAAGUGUCCAAUCAAAAGGUACGCGUUUCCAAUCUGGAGGUCAUGCAAAAGCAGCAGUAUUUGCUUAACCAAUUGCUAGACGAACUGGAGACCCUUCGACCAACUUAUGAUAAUUUGCCAAAGCACCUGAUUGGCGAGGAGCUGCAAACCACUUGGAACAGAUUGCCUGAGCAGCUAAACGAGCGUGUGAUUAAGCAAACCACAGCAAUAGAAAAUCUAAACCACUUUGCCGCUGAAUACAACUCAAUUAUAGCCGUUUUGCGAAGUGCAGCAGACAGCAAGUUGAAUGGAAGUGAAAGUGGCAGCAGUCAAGAUCUGCGGAAACUGGAGAUCGAUGUGAUAAGUGCUCGGAAUUUCAGCGAGAUCCUUAUCAAGGAGGCGGAACCAGCUCAAAAGGAAUCCCUACAAGCGCAGAUUAGAGCCCUGAAUACUUUGUACGAUCAAGUGGAACAGGUUCAUCGGGAGAAGAAGCUUCAGCAGACGGCGAUCCAAAGCCAAAUUGAUCUCAUCCAGCAGAGACUCAAGAAAACCGAUCAAUGGCUCACCGAUUUGGAGAGCAAUACACCCAAGUCGGGGAUCAGUGAUAUUGGCAACUCAAAUGAGUUAUUCCAGAGCAAAUGUCGCUUCCAAACUCUCAAGGAAACCUGCGAAAGGGAAACCACACAGUUCAGGGAACUCAACGAGCUGGGCGGGGAGUUGCUCCUCCAAAUGGAUGAGCUGCAGGACAAGGACAGGGAAUCCCAGUAUGGAUCACUGGCCAAGCAGUUCACACGCAUCAAUGCCAGAUGGACAGAGGUCACCGAGCUGGUUUAUGCGAAGACAGCGCUACUCGAGCACAUAUCAACGCAGCUGGGGGAGUUCAAGAAGUUCAUGGUUAGCGAGACGGGUUACCUCGACAAGUUGGAGAACAAGAUACGCAACACGCCAGAGAAUGCGGCAGACGCCGAGGAGAUCAUGGAGGAACUUGAUGAUCUGGAGAAUGUUCUGCGCUCGCAUUCUGAGGAAUGGCUGGAGAAGAUUCAGGAAAUUGGCAACGAGCUAAUUGACAACGAAUUCAUGGCCAACUCCAUGCGACGGGACAUCGACGACAUCGUCCAGCGGUGGACGCAGCUCCAGCAGCAGGCCAAGAAGCGCACUGAGCUGUUGGAGCAGAAGGUCAGCGAGGCGGAGCAGUCCGAGAAGUGCAUCGUGCAGUUCGAGGCGUGGCUCACCCGCGUCGACGAGAUCCUCAGCGAGUAUCUGGAAAAAGAUGUGACCAUCGAGGAUCUGCCGGAGGAUUUCCAACGUUUGGCUCGCGAAUUUGUGGCCAACGAGAAAAACUUCAAGGAGAUCACCGAACUUAUUGACGAGCACACUAGAAACGGCAAGAUUGGAGCAGCCAAUCGCCUUCAGGAGCAGCUAAACUUGAUGGAAUUGAGGUUCAAGGCCUGUCAGGCAAAACUAAGCAAGUGCACAGCUCCCCAACCUGCAUAUGAAUCGCGUUUGAACAGAGCCUAUGGAGAUCUUCGGAAUGUGGAGCGAUCUACUUUGGUUUUGGAUGUGGCAUCUGCAGGACCCAAUACCGUACAAGCUCAGUAUCAAAAGUGUCUUCAAAUUUAUCGCACGCUAUCGGAGAUCAAGGCGGAAAUCGAGAGCACGAUCAAAACCGGUCGCAGGGUUUGUGAGGACAGGUACACGAAGUCCCCGAAGCAGCUGAGCCAGCGGAUCGAUGCAUUGAAACAUCUGUAUAAUGCCCUCGGCGAGAAUGUGACCCAGUCAAAGGCGUUCCUCGAAAGUCUGCUCACAUUAGCGAGGCAAUUGGAAGAUUGCUUCGAUUCGGCAGAUACUCUGAUUCGACGCUUCGAGUCGCCGCAGGAGGUGCACGAUAGGAACUCCAUUCUCCUGGAGUUCGAGGAUGUGCUGCGGAGGUGCGAGGACCACUACAACGAGUACAGCAAGUCCUGCGACCAAAGCUGCAUGGUGGAGACCCGCCAAAGAAUCGAUGGGUUGAAGGCCACCUACCACAAGUUGACGAGUGCGGAUAUUAUCAAGAGGCUUACGGAGAUGAAAGCCACUCUGCAGAACCUGGACAACAUUUCCCUGGAGACUCUUAAGGCAAUGGAGCACGACCUGAAGGAGAUAAAUGUGCCCUCGAAUCCGGAAAUUGAGAAAUUGCAGCAGCAAGUAAUUGCAAUUGUCGUGGAUGCUUUGAAAUCGCGUUACAAUGAAGCCACAACGCUUGCCGCGCGAAACUCGAAUUCCCCGCAAAACGACGACACCGAAAUAGUUGUUGUCAGCGAUACGGUGCGUCAAAGGCGCGCCAGGACACCCCAGUCGGGUGAAUCCCCCUCCCCCUCGUCCGCAAACACCAGUACCUCAGAGUCGCCGACAAAGGGCAUGGAAAGUUCAACGGAGGCGGCUGGGGACCACGUUCUGCCGGAUCUCCUGCCACCCCAAACAUUCCGCCUGGCCGAGUCCAGUACACUGUUCUCACAGAUUUCCCUUAAUCCCGACAAAGUAUCCAAAACUCCGCCUCCAAAACCGGCGAAAACCAAGCGAAAGGCCCCCACUUCGCCCGCCCAAGUUGUGGAGAUAAAGGUGAAAAACAUACAGAACGAUAAAAUGUCGGUGCAAAACAUCGACUUGGAGCCACAGCAGGGCGAAAUCGUGGACACUGUGAAUAUCCUGGAAAGUGUGGAGCCUUUCGUACCCGAAUAUGUGGAAACUGUGCAGAUUGUGGAUCUCUCAGAGGACUCCGAUUCUUCGGUUAGAGUUGAUAGCCAGGGAAAAGAGGUGCGACGAUCGAAGAGCAAGCACUCCUUGAGCGAUUCUCCACUCCCCAAAGUUUCGGAUGAUGAAGAAGAUCCCGCGGAGGAGGAUGUUCUGCGUCCCUCUUCUGGAAAUACGAGCACUCCAUUCUUGAGGGUUGAGAAACACCGAAUCUCCUUCGAUGAGAAACGCAAACGAGUCGCCAAUGAGCGGGAUAUCCUACGUGAUUCUGAAGAGGAGGAACCAAAAACUUCUGAUUCUUCCCAAAUCACGCAGGUUUCCAAACCGAAACGCUGGCGACAACUCCAGCCGGAUUUGGAGGCUUUGGAACCCGAGUCACCCGGUCGCGAUAGUUUCUAUAGUCCCGACAAAGAAUCCGGUUACGAUGCCGAACCUCUCGUAUUUUCCGACGAUGAGGACAUUCCGCGUUUCUCGCUGGAAAUGACACCAACCUUUGACUCCGAUAGUGAUACGAGUCGCAUUGAAACACCCUCGACCAAAAAACCCAACCCGUUCUUGAGCAAAGUACUUGACUCGAUGCCUUCACCUGCUGAUGACUCAAAUGUAACACUCAAAAGUCCACUUAGUGAACAACAGCCCCAGAAUCUGGAUGAUCGUGUCCGGGAGUUCGAUAAGCAGGCCAAGCAAAUGAUCUACAAACUAAAACUUACCAAAGCCAAAAUCGAACAGUGCCACGAAAGUGAAGCGGAGGAUCUCCGACUGUUAAUAGCUCCCGAUGCAGCCACCUUAAUUUCCCAGGGAGACUCUUUGGUUCUGGAAACCCACGGAAAACAGGGUAGCAUAUCCCGCAUGGUGAUGCGCACUCAAAUUAUACUGCGAGAACAAUUUCGGGAGGUCCAACAAGCCAAAUCCAAGACCUCUGGAAACGGAGCUCCUGCUCCUCCGUUGGACAGCGUGAAUAUCGAGGAACUCGUCACCAAGGGACUGCGUCGCAUCAAUGUUCUGAUUGAAAAAACUGUCGAUCUGAAAUCUAGCAGUGAUCUUGAGAAACGUAUGGAGGAUAUUAACGAACGGCACGACGAUUUACAGGUGAUUGUCAGCGCCAUUGGCAAAAACGCUCAGAUGCCGAAGGUCACGCCCCUCAUGAUGAACGAAAUUGAAAAGACGAAAAACAAUUUGAUAGCACAUGCGGAUUCCAUUGAGCUCUCGUUGACGGAACUGAGAAAUGGCCCCCGAAUUUCCAAUGGCAAGGAGCGCCCAGAUGCAUCCAGUGGCCCCGCCAUCAGCUGUCGUCCGGAAUACAAUAACGAGCCAAGCGGGACUGGAGCGUUGGCCGGCAGCUUCGAUAAGUCGGUGCUGCAAAUUUCCGACUGGCUGACUUGGGAACAAAACAUGAUCAAGAUACAGAGCGUCCUCGUCGACGAUGGCGAUGCAGUGCGACUGGCCAUCGAGAAGCAGGAGAAAGUUCUGCGUGAAUUGAAAAUGAAAAAGCCGCAGCUCAACGAGUUGGUUCAUACGGCGGAAGUGCUCAAAGGCGACAUCAAACGGCAGCAGUUGCAGGAGAAAGAGCUGAAACAGUUUUCCCUAGCUCCGCACUGUUCAGCGGACUUAGAUUAUAUGCGUUGCUGUCUGAAAGUGACCCGUUUGCGUGAACACUGGGAUGAGACGUCGCAAUGUGUCCUGCAGCGAGCUGCCCAACUAAAGAACAUGCUGAGCGACUCACAGCGGUUCGAGGCCAAGCGUUUGGAGCUCGAAAAAUGGCUGGCCCGCAUGGAGCAGAGGGCCGAGCGGAUGGGAACCAUCGCCACCACGGCCGACAUCCUGGAAGCCCAGCAAAAGGAGCAGAAGUCCUUCCACGCGGAAUUGCACCAGAAUAAGCAGCACUUCGAUGUCUUCAACGAGCUGACCCAGAAACUGAUUGCCGUCUAUCCCAAUGAUGAUACCACCAGGAUCAAGAAGAUGACGGAAGUGAUUAAUCAACGCUAUGCUAAUUUAAAUAAUGGAGUCAUUAAUCGUGGCAAACAAUUGCAUGCGGCUGUGCAUAAUCUCCAGUCUUUUGAUCGUGCCAUGGAUCAGUUCCUUGCCUUUCUCUCGGAAACGGAAACACUUUGUGAAAACGCUGAGUCUGACAUUGAACGCAAUCCAUUAAUGUUCAAGGACCUGCAAUCGGAAAUUGAAACCCAUCGCGUGGUUUACGAUCGUCUCGAUGGAACAGGCCGCAAACUUCUGGGUUCGCUCACCUCGCAAGAGGAUGCGGUUAUGCUGCAGCGUCGCCUCGAUGAAAUGAAUCAACGUUGGAAUAAUUUAAAAUCGAAAAGUAUUGCAAUCAGGAAUCGCCUGGAGUCCAAUUCAGAGCACUGGAAUGCCCUGCUCCUUUCGCUCCGCGAAUUAACCGAGUGGGUUAUCCGCAAGGACACCGAACUGAGCACUUUGGGCCUGGGUCCUGUUCGAGGUGAUGCCGCUAGUCUGCAGAAACAAUUGGACGAUCAUAAAGCCUUUCGCCGCCAAUUGGAGGAUAAGCGGCCAAUUGUCGAGAGCAAUUUAACGAGCGGUCGACAGUACAUUGCCAACGAAGCAGCCGUCUCGGAUACCAGCGAUACGGAGGCCAACCAUGAUUCCGACUCGCGUUACAUGUCCGCCGAGGAACAGAGCCGUGAGCUAACACGCAGCAUCCGGCGGGAGGUGGGAAAACUUUCCGAGCAGUGGAACAAUCUAAUCGAUAGAUCCGACAAUUGGAAGCACCGCCUGGAUGAGUACAUGACGAAAAUGCGUCAGUUCCAGAAGAUCCUGGAGGAUCUGAGCUCCCGAGUUGCUUUGGCCGAGCAGACAAAGACAUCCUGGCUGCCGCCUUCUUCGGUGGGCGAGGCCAACGAGCAGAUGCAGCAGUUGCAGCGACUGAGGGACAAAAUGACCACGGCCAGUGCUCUUUUGGAUGACUGCAAUGAGCAGCAGUCCUUCUUCACUGCAAACCAGGUGCUGGUUCCCACUCCCUGUCUCUCCAAGCUGGAGGACUUGAACACGCGCAUGAAGCUCCUGCAAAUCGCGAUGGACGAGCGUCAGAAGGUCCUUUGCCAGGCCGGAGCUCAGCAGACGCACGAGAACGGCGACGAUGGACGCACCACUUCCAACAGCGGCACCAUCGGACCGCUGCCCAAUCUCGGCCAGAGCGUCAAGCCGCCCUGGGAACGGGCCACCACUGCCGCCAAUGUGCCUUACUACAUCGACCACGGACGCGAGACGACGCACUGGGACCAUCCCGAGAUGAUUGAGCUGAUGAAGGGCCUGGCAGAUCUGAACGAGAUUCGCUUCUCCGCUUAUCGAACGGCCAUGAAACUGCGAUCCGUUCAAAAGCGAUUGGCUCUCGACAGGAUCAGCAUGUCAACGGCCUGCGAGUCCUUCGAUCGCCAUGGCCUGCGAGCUCAGAACGACAAGCUGAUCGACAUACCCGACAUGACCACGGUGCUGCAUUCGCUCUACGUGACAAUCGAUAAAAUUGAUUUGACGCUGAUGCUGGACCUGGCCAUCAACUGGAUCCUCAAUGUCUACGACUCGCAGCGCACCGGCCAAAUCCGAGUGCUGAGCUUUAAAGUGGGACUGGUGCUCCUCUGCAAGGGUCACCUGGAGGAGAAGUACCGCUACUUGUUCCGCCUGGUGGCAGACACCGACCGUCGGGCGGACCAGAGGCGACUUGGACUCCUGCUCCACGAUUGCAUACAGGUCCCCCGGCAACUCGGCGAGGUGGCCGCCUUCGGAGGCUCCAACAUAGAGCCCUCGGUGAGGUCCUGCCUGGAGCAGGCUGGCAUCUCGCAGGAGGCCAUCGACGGUAACCAGGACAUCUCCAUCGAGCUGCAGCACUUCCUCGGCUGGCUGCAGCACGAGCCGCAGAGUCUCGUGUGGCUUCCAGUAUUGCAUCGGCUGGCCGCGGCGGAGGCGGCCAAGCACCAGGCCAAGUGCAACAUCUGCAAGGAGUAUCCGAUCGUGGGCUUCCGCUACCGGUGCCUCAAGUGUUUCAACUUCGACAUGUGCCAAAAGUGUUUCUUCUUCGGCCGCAACGCCAAGAACCACAAGCUCACGCAUCCCAUGCACGAGUACUGCACCACUACCACAUCCACCGAGGACGUUCGUGACUUUACGCGCGCCCUGAAGAACAAAUUCAAGAGUCGCAAAUACUUUAAGAAGCACCCACGCGUUGGCUACCUGCCUGUGCAGAGCGUUCUGGAGGGUGAUGCACUUGAGAGCCCUGCCCCCAGUCCACAGCACACCACCCACCAGCUGCAGAACGACAUGCACUCCCGCCUGGAGAUGUACGCCUCUCGAUUAGCUCAAGUGGAGUACGGCGGAACGGGAUCGAACUCCACGCCGGACAGUGAUGACGAGCACCAGCUGAUCGCUCAGUAUUGCCAGGCUCUGCCCGGAACCAGCAACGGAAGUGCGCCCAAGUCUCCUGUUCAGGUGAUGGCCGCCAUGGAUGCGGAGCAGCGCGAGGAGCUGGAGGCGAUAAUCCGGGAUCUCGAGGAGGAGAACGCCAACCUGCAGGCGGAGUACCAACAGCUGUGCAGCAAACAGCAGAGCGGCACUCCCGAGGACUCCAAUGGCAUGCAACACUCCAACUCCAGCAUGACCGGUCUUUCCGGACAGGGUGAACAAGGACAGGACAUGAUGGCGGAGGCCAAGUUACUACGCCAGCACAAAGGUCGCCUGGAGGCGCGCAUGCAGAUCCUGGAGGACCACAAUAGGCAACUGGAGGCCCAGUUGCAGCGGCUUCGCCAGCUCCUGGAUGAACCGAACGGCGGUGGCAGUAGUGCCACCAGCAGUGGUCUGCCCAGCGCUCCCGGCUCCGCCUUGAACUCCAAGCCAAAUACGCUGCAAACACGCUCGGUGACCGCUUCGCAAUUGAACACCGAUUCCCCGGCCAAAAUGAACCAGCAGAAUGGCCACUACGAGCACAACUCAAAGGGAAUUAUGCUGCCCGGGAUGAACAGUGAGUUGCAGCAGCAGCACGCCCAGCUGGCCAGCCUGGCGGCCAAGCAUCAUCAGCACCAGCUUAGCGGAGCCCUCAACGCGUUGCACCAACAGCAGCAGCAGCAGCAGCAGCAACAACAGCAACAGCAGCAGCAGCAGUUGCAGCAGCAACAUCCGCAACAGCAAAGGGGAAUGAUGACGGGCAACGGCGGACUGGACAUGUCCGGCGGCAUGCAGACAUCGGGCGGGUAUCUGGGAGAUGACGGCCGACCCCCGCCGCCCCCGCACUCUAGUCUCAUGCAGCAGCAGCAACAACAGCAGCAACAUCAGCUGCAGCAUCAGCAGCACUUGAAUGAGAACUCUAGUGGAUUGGUGACCGUCAUCACCGAACAGGAAAUGGAGAGCAUCAACGAUGAUUUGGACGAGACGUCGAGCAGCAACACCACGAACACAACGACGACGACGACCACGGCAACCACGGAGAAAACCUGCGUGGAGCUGCAAAAGUAACACCCUCGAUACUUAAUUGCAUGGCACUAGACUACAAAACAGAAAUCAGUAUAAAAAUCCAAAAGAAUUAACUGCAAGUGAGGAAAUCCAAUUGGCUGGCCUGCAAAAUAUUCUAAAUAAUCAUACCUAAACACCUAAAGAUAGAUCCAUAUAACUAUUGUGGUAAAUAUAUUUAUACAAUAUUGCAUACGAGGAAUCGGAUGGGCGAGGACUUGAAGGAGAGCUCGCAGAAAGCUGAGAAAACUUUUUAGUAGUUAUGAAAGAUACAAAUCUUUAUAUAUUAUAUACAAAUAUCGAAGCAUAAGUAAGUGGAACAUAUUGAAAGCUGGAAAUAAUGCAGAAAUGAUUUAAAGAUUAGAUAAGCUGUAACUCCCACACAUACAUACCUACGAUAUAUUAACAAAAACACCUAUAUCAUAAUUGAAACAUAAUCAUAAUUUGCUAGUACAUGCAAAAUUGUUAUAACUCGCACUUUUUCAAAAACUGAUGGGAUGAAAACCAAUUUCAAAGAUACAAAACAUAAAGCUAACGCAAAAGAAGUUGUGUAAUUGCUCUCAUAUCAUUUUGAAGCUUAUACAAUAAGCCUUUUAAUGUAGAAAUCAAAACAUGCAAUCAGUUUUAAUUUGUAUCCUUAUUUAUUCCGAGUUCUUGUGUAUUAUUUCGUAAUAUUAUUUAAUAUUAAUAUCUGUGCUAACUGAAAGUGUGCUGCAAUGUUUUUAAUUAAAGAACUAUUAUUGAAAAUCACCGUCUUUUUGUUUUCGUUAUAUUUUUGGUUUGUAGACCAGAUGAUUUUUAUGAACCUAAUCAUAUGCUGACGAAUACGAUCACUAAAUGGACCACCUUUUUCUAUCUACUUAAUCGAAUCGAAUCUUAUCCAGAAUCUACCAGAACCAUCAAAUAAAUUAAAUAAUCCUCACCAUUCCAAUGAAACUAGUCAAAUUACACUUGGAUAACUCAAAUAUACUAACGAAUCAAAUGAUAUUGAAAACUGCUUUAAAAUACCUAAAUACCACAAAGUACUAAUCGAACCGAUAAAUUUAGAUGUCUACAACUGGAUACCCAAUAUCGUACAAUACUCACAUCAAUAUAAGCAGAAGAUAUAACCAAAAGAGAGAAAAGUUUUAACCUAGAUAUGCCAGAGAUUAAUAAAUAUUUAUAGAUAUAUCAGAAUUUAGCUAUAUAUUAACAAAAAGCAUUUUAUUUUUUUUCUCUUGAAAUUUCCACCUUUAGUUAACGAAAUUUUACAAAAAUUAAAACGAAAAUAAGGACAAUAUGGAAACAAUUUUAGGAACUGUUAUUAUUUAAGUCUCUUAUCUAUCGAUUUGGUUUUUUAACUAGUUUCACUAACCACUAGAAUUUCCAAGCACUUAGUAAAUGACAUGAAAUGACUAUAAAUAUAGAAUGAAUUAUAUAAUGAGAAGUAGCUAUCAACAAAAUGCAGUUAGCUAAAUUUUCAAACACUUCUGUGUAGUGAAAUGUCCCCAUUAUGAGUAUUUUUCUAACCAUAACGUACCAAUCCAAACCGAAUCGAAGUGCGGAAUGACGUCCUACCAAUAACCAAUCAAGUUUAGUAAAAGAAAACCCUCCGUUUCAAGUUAUAAACAAAUGAACCAAAACCGAAACAAAAAUGCUUAAAUCAACUAUCUAAUCAUUAGUGAAACAUAUCCCAUUCAAACUCAUAUUUAUAACGUUUACAUAGGUCGAAAACCAUUUCUAGGAGUACGUAGUCGAGGACGAAUUUAAAGCAUCAAGUCGAGCAACUGAAAUCUGAGUUGAGAAUAGCCAAAGCUGCCAUUUGUUUGUCCCCAAUUUUAUACUGAUAAAUGAUAUCAAGAACGCAAUUCAAGCAUAUCCCGAAAUAGUCUUCAUCAUCCAGUGGUUGUCUACAAUAGAUUUAAACCUAAUGCGAAAAGUCGAUGAAGAAAUCGGAUGGAGAAAUCCGCGACGAAGCCAAACAAUCAACGAAGAAAUUAUGAAUUAAAUAUUAUACACUUGUCAAGGAAUAUUGUGAGCUAUAUUAGCCGCCUAAUUAUCGUAUCUACACCUUACAUUAGUCUCUUAUUCUAAGCAGAUCUACUUAGCUAAAUUGUGUCCAACUGUAAAGGCCUCUAGAGCACAGCACUUUGUAUGGUAUAUCAGCCUAAUCCCUUAGUUUAAAUAAUAUUACACAUCAAAUCAAUCUGAGAAGGAUAGACACAAAGCCCCGAGCUUGGCAACUAAUCGUUUGUGUUGGAAUAGAAGCUUCGAAAUUAAUUUAGUGGUAGCAGGCAUGACUCAAUUGUACCUAUCUUUUGAUACCGUUUAUUACAAAACUAAGGACUAUAAUCGUAUUUAAAUUGUAUACCUAUAUGAGUGCAGCGAGACCAAAACGCACUCACCAUAAUGAUGAAUGAACUUUUGAAGUCAACCGGAAGGGAGGGAGUCUAUAACGAUAUCGAACACAUUUCAAUCUGUUCUACGAAUGGUAGCUCAUAGAACCUAUUAUACAUAACACAAUAAUAAAUGAAACAUUAUGCAUUGAACUAAACUUAUUUAUAACAUACGGUGACAUACUCGAAACGUUUAUAUACAACACACAUAUAUUUAUACAUAAUCAGAAUAAUUAUACAUAUGAGAUAUGCCACAUACGAUAUCAUAUAACAUAUACAUAUAUGAACCAUUGCGAAAAGUUGAUACAAUAAAUAAAACACACAUCAAUUGCGUUAA